GCUUCUUCGGGUCAAUCUGGAGAGCACGAGCAAAUGCUGCUUCCAAGCAUUGAUUCUGACAGAUUAUCAGCUUUUGGCCUGAACCACACACAAACAAGUAGCGGCAGCAGGAUGGCUGUCAGUGCACAGAUAGCCAUGGAAGCUUGUAACGGAAGCGCCUACCAGGUCAGUGAUCCAGUUAAGAGGGCUUUGGAGGCAGGCAGCCCAGUGGUGGCCCUGGAGUCCACGAUUGUUUGCCAUGGUAUGCCGUUUCCCCAGAACCUGAAGACGGCCCGAGAAGUUGAGGAUAUUGUAAGAGCUAAUGGAGCAGAACCUGCCACCAUAGCAAUCAUACGAGGUGUGGUGCAUGUGGGCUUGACUGGUGCUGAGCUUGAAGAUUUGGCUCGCAGAGGCCUGAGCGUCAAGAAGACAGCUCGACGAGACAUUGCCUAUGUAGUCUCGCAGAAGAAGGAUGGGGCUACAACCGUGUCAGCCACAAUGUUUUUUGCAGCCAAGGUUGGGAUCCCGGUUUUCGUUACGGGAGGAAUCGGGGGUGUCCAUCGAGGAGCAGAGAGCAGCAUGGACAUCUCCUCCGACUUGACGGAGCUGGGGCGCACACCGGUCGCUGUGGUCUGCGCGGGCGUGAAAUCGAUCCUGGAUAUUCCACGUACUCUCGAGUACCUGGAGACGCAAGGAGUCACGGUCGCCGCUCUUGGUACGGACGAGUUCCCCGCCUUUUUCACGCCCCACAGCGGCUGCAAGGCCCCAAGCCGGGUUAACUCGGAGAUGGAGUGUGCGGAGCUUAUAGACGCAAACGUGAGGCUGGGUUUGGGCAGCGGCAUCGUGAUCGGGGUUCCGAUUCCUGAGUCGGAUGCGGCGGCUUCGGAAAAGGUGGAGGCGGCGAUCCAAAGAGCACUGUCAGAGGCGAGCGGAAAAAUCAGUGGGGCAGACAGCACCCCUUUCCUUCUCAAGCGGGUCAACGAACUAAGUGGUGGAGCAUCUUUACAAGCAAAUGUCGCUCUCGUCAAGAACAACGCCAAAAUCGGGGCACAAAUUGCAUGGCACUUGGCAACGAUACACCGAGCUAAGACGACGCAGCUCUCCCGACUGUAACGCAUCAUGGAUGUGCUGAAUUCGUACGGUACGGGUCGUAUGCGCAACAAAAGUCAAUUGCACUUCUCAGUGCAUACAUGUGCGGUUAUAUCUGCUUGUUUCCCUAUCUCGCGAAGUGAUUUACACAUACCUACCGUUCAGAUCGUUUGUGUAGGUUUAUAGUCGGAUAAGAUACACUGGCGCAGAUAUUUCUCUGAAUUUCACCGUGUC